AUGGAUGAAGAGGACGGACUGAGGAAACGGUAUAACGAAGCUACUCAGUGGGCACUCACUGGAGAGCCCUUACUGAGUGAUGGUGCUCUCUGGACGAUUGACGGGGGAAAAGCCAAGGCUGUUCAUGGACCGAAGAAGGAUAUGAAGCUUGUCGUCGACUUUAACCAUCGUCAAAAUCACGCUUUUCCGAUGUGGCGUAGAACAGGUCCAUGGUUCGAAAGUGACACCCAAGACGCCUUCUGGGACGAAACCUUCUCCACAUGGACAGACACAAAACCCAAAGGCCCCUUCCAUCUCUACAACGCAGACAUAUUUGGAUACCCCUUGGAUUCGCCGACUUCUCUCUACGGCUCGAUCUCGCUCAUGGAUGCGCAUUCUGCAACGCCGACGGUGGCUAUUUUCAAUGCCAUUGCUUCGGAAACAUGGAUCGAAUUGGAGUGA